GAUCACCAAAUAAAUAUUAUUGAUACUCCCGGCCACGUUGAUUUCACCGCCGAGGUGGAAAGGUCUUUGCGAGUUCUGGAUGGUGGAGUAGUGGUUUUGGAUGGAAAAAAAGGGGUCGAAGCCCAGACCGAAACGGUUUGGCGACAGGCCAAAAAAUAUAAAAUUCCGCGGUUAAUCUUCAUUAACAAAAUGGACGGAGUUGACAAUGUAGAAAAAUUUACUGAGAAUUUAAAAAGCAUUCGGGAAAAAUUACAUGCUGAUCCAUUACCAAUACAGUUUCCAAUUGGAGCCGGCCGAGAAUUAGAAGGGUUAGUAGAUAUAAUAGAACAAAAGGCUUAUUAUUGCCAAAUGGGAGAUAAGGAAGAGAAAUACCAAAUAAAAGACAUCCCUCCUAAUUUAGCGGAAAAAGCCAAAAAAUAUCGUCAAGAAUUACUUGAAAAAAUUAUUGAACAGGAUGAGGAAGUGGCAGUAAAAUAUUUAGAAGGUCAGGAAUUAUCAGUAGCAGAAAUUAAAAAACUGCUUCGCAAGGCCACUCUUACUGGCAAGUAUUUUCCAGUGUUUUGCGGUUCGGCUUAUAAAUAUGUGGGAGUAAAGUUAGUUUUAAACGGAGUAGUAGAUUAUUUACCUUCUCCUUUGGAUAUAACCGAAAUACCUGCUUUCUCCCCCCAUGACAAAAGUAAGCAGAAAAUAGUUAAUUGUCAUAGUCCUUUGUCUUGUUUGGCACUGGCCUUUAAAAUUAUGGUUGAUAAUUAUAAUAAUAAACUGACCUUUUUUCGAGUUUACGCCGGAGAAAUGAACGCUAAUUCCUAUGUCUACAAUGUUAGUCAAGGGAAGGAAGAAAGAAUUAGUCGUUUAGUAAGAAUGCAUGCUAAUAAUAAGGAAGAAGUUAAAAAAGUAGGAGCCGGCGACAUUGCUGCUGCGAUUGGUUUAGAGCACACUAUUACUGGGGACACGUUUGGUGAAAAAAGUAAUCCUUUGCUUCUCGAAACCAUUGACUUUGCCGAGCCCGUGAUUUCCCAAGCCAUCGAGCCAAAAACUAAUGAGGAUAAAGAUAAAUUGAGAGAUGCACUGGAAAAAUUAAAAAUCCAAGACCCCAGUUUUAAAUAUUGA